AAGCUUCUCUUCUUUUCCGGUUUAGUUGCUUGACAUGGCGAAAUCAUACGAUUUUUUGUUUAAAUUGCUUCUCAUAGGAGAUUCCGGAGUCGGUAAAACGUCUAUUUUGUUCAGGUUUUCCGACAACAAGUUCGACGGAAGCUUCAUAUCGACAAUAGGAAUCGAUUUUAAGAUACGGAUUAUCGAAAUCGACGGGAAGAAAAUCAAGCUACAAAUAUGGGACACGGCUGGGCAGGAGCGCUUCCGCACGAUAACGACUGCCUACUACAGGGGGGCAAUGGGAAUCAUGCUCGUUUACGAUGUCACAAAGGAAGCCACAUUCGAAAACAUAAAGACGUGGAUCAGGAACACAGACGAGCAUGCGGCGGCAGACGUUGAGAAGAUGAUUCUUGGAAACAAGUGCGACAUGAACGAACUCAGACAAGUUUCGAAAGAACGUGGAGAAAAGUUGGCAAUAGAGCACAACAUCAAGUUCAUGGAGACCAGUGCUGUGUCAUCAAUAAACGUGGAGGAGGCCUUCUACACACUUGCGAGAGACAUCAAGGAGAAAAUGGAGCGACAGGUGCUGGGUUCCAUGAUGGGAGCGCAUAAGGCGGCUCGGGCACAGCCAAAGCCAACAGGCCCUCACCUACACACUGCUGAACCCGUGCGAAAGAGGACCCGGUUCACGUGCACUCUCCUAUGAUGUCUGUAGACUGCGAACAGUGCAGUGACUCGUAUCAGUGCCUAAAAAGGGUGCCUGCCAGCUGCAGAAUCCAGUCUUCAACUGCCACACUUUGGCGUGACCAACGUUUUUUUGUGGGCUGGCAUCAUGUGAUGCGCCUGGCUUGCUGCUCCUAGGCUCUUCAUGUCCGUCUCGCCCAGAGGCUCUGGCGUGCACACCGCACAUCACCGCACGUGUGGUCACAGGCAUAUAUACACAAACACCUCUUGUUCUGGCCACGCUGAAUGCAAAAAGUGCCCGGUCUUAUAAACACUUAUGUGAACGGCAAUCAAAGAGAAGGUGCACUUUGUCUUCCACAUGUUCUUUCCCUCUGUAUAGUAGUACCCUAGUCACAUUGGCACACUAAUUGCAGUUAACUUGAGCCUGAGUUGCACUCUAGUUACACAUGCACGAUUAAGUAUGGUUAAGCUGAACCUAAGUUGUGGCCUACAACAGUUAUGCAGAGUUACAUGGAAAACAUAAGUGCAGUUGUGUAUAGCCAUGCGAGGUAUAUUAGGUUUUCCAUGUAACUGAACUUAACUGCUGCAGUUGGUAACAGAAGUUUAGCUGAGUAUAGUAUAGUAUUACAGUAUAGUAAACUAUAGUAUUACAGCCUAGUGUAGUUGUUCACAAUUGCUGGGAAUUUUUUACCACAUUUAGUGCAGUUGAUGAUACAAACACAAUUAAGUUUUUCAUGUAACUGGGUAUAACUGCUGUGGGCCGUAACUAACCCCCGAUAUUCAGAAAUAUCAAAGCCACGACUCGAUUUAAUCUAGUCAGGCUCAAUGUAAUGACUGAUGUCAACAUGGCCGAGACGCUCAUUGCGUUUCUUGGGGCGCAUUCACGUCGGGCAUUAUCUUGAGCCAGACUUGACCAAGUUGUCGUGGCUUCAAGUUAAGGCACAUUUCUGAAUACGGGGGCAAGGCUUGACUUAACUGCAGCCAGUGUGCCCAUAUAACUAAGGUAUAAGUGAUGUUCUUUCCUUGUUUUUUCUGCAUCUUGAUUUUUCUCCCUGUUCAAGGGUGAUUGCCUCUGUUAUGAAAGGGUCUCAUUUGUUGUGCUGAUGUAUUGAUUUGGGACAAAAUGUAUUUGUGCUGUGGCCUUGAGCUAAAUGUUGUUAGGUUUUCAGAGGCUGAAGGAACCUUAACAGGGUGCGUUGAGAGUUACGAAAAAUAACUCCAUAUGUGUACAGCAUAAUUGACGUCCAGGUUGUUUUUUUCAUCUCAUUCUGCUAAUCUCGUCACUUUGUAAUUGCAUUGUUUUGUUGCUGCUGGUUCCAUUCACAUCUUUUGCUCUCUUUCUUUUUCUUUAAGGCAGUGCACAAAAAAUUGCCUGCACUUUUUCGAGAUGAAUUUUUAUGCCUAAAGGACAAGUAAGCUGUUUUGUCUUGUAAUGUACCCAGAUUAGUGUGACAUUACCAGCAAAAAUAAGAUGCCAAGGUUGCCAACAUUUUCCUGCUAACUGCUAUGGUGCAGCAUAUUGCUCCCGUUCGAAAGUCCUAUCAUGGACAAACAAAACGUUAACAACAAAGUUUAACACAUUGAACACCUCUCACAGGUAAUGAACACAAAAUUGCAAUUUCACUUCGCUGCAUAUUCGGUAGCCAAAGAUUCUGUCCCGAACUAAACACACAAAUUGAAAUCAGUCUGACAUCACUUCAAGUAGUGAAAACCAGAAACGGAAGAAGCUGUUUUAGUUAACCUUGACUUGUUCACGUUUUAUUUGUCCAUGAUAGUGCAAGCUUGCAAAUACGUGGCUACCAUCAAUCACGUGAUGUAUUCAGAAUGCUGUUUAUUCAAAUUUGCUAUUUCUUUGUAUGUGUUCCCUGUCCUGCUCCUGCCUUUUACUGCGCCUGAAAUUUUUACUUUUUACCUGAUGCUUCUUUUUUCAAAGUUGAGUGGUGCUGCUGAAGUUGCACAAUAUACUUUACAGCUGCGAUUUCAUAUACUAUACACAUAUACUCAAAGUCUUUUUUUUUCUCCUACUCAGUGGUGUGUGCAAACACAGCAGUUUUAUACACUCAAGUUUGUGAGCACUCUUCCUCUUUUCACGCCGCCAAAUGCUCCUCUGUUACAUUGAUUGUGUUAACUUUCAUCGUCACCUCUGUUGCUUGACUAAUGUUAUUAUGCACUACUCUUUAUCCUCUCAAUGCAUCUGAAGCAACAAGUUUUGCUUAUGGGUUUUUUUUUUUUUUUUUUAUUCAAUGAAGGGAUGGGGGUGGGGAGAGGGCAGUCUUUCAGCAUGUUUUGGUGAUAUGGGCUCACGCCAAACACUGGCAUCAUGUGUCCAUCUUUCGUGUCGUAGCUUUGACAUGAUUUUCUCACUCUGAAUUAUGCUUAACAUCAAACAUCAAUACUGGGUAAAAAAAGUGACUCCUCUUUGUACAAAAAAAAAAAAAAAGUACCUACAAGUGAUUGCAUCAAAUGCAAAACCCACUGCAGUCGAACCUUGCUAUAAUGAAGUCACAUCCAAUAUUAAAAUACCUUCGUUAUAACCUAUAUUUGUUACAAGUGUAUAUUCAUUGCAUGCUAAUAUUGGCAGUAAACAUUUGGGAUUUACUUCGUUACAUCCAAUAAUUUGUCAUAUCCGUGUUCACUAUAUCGGGGUUCGACUGAAUUAUAGUAACAUUGUGUCUUGUGCAUUGUUAUAACGAGUGCAGUGUUGGCGUAAGGCAGUUGUUAAUCAUAAAUUACACUGGUCAAAUACGCAGAUGAUACUCAGAGUGUUAGAAAGUGCUGCAAAAGCAUUAAGUAGCAAGAAAAUCCACUUUUAGUUUGGAUAAUCUGUCGCAUGCACAUAAUAAGGCACAAGCUGGCAAUUAUGGGUGUGUGAAUGUGAACUUUAAGAAUACUGGGAUGCGAGCAUCAUUUGACAUUAAUUGUGAUAAUGGCUAAUUAUUAUUUGAAAAGUAUUCAAUAUUCGAAUCGAUUUGCUUCUGGCACGAUUCGGCUUAAGAGAUCGCUAUUCACACACCCCUACUGGCAAUAAGUUUUAAUGCCAGGAAAUUUCUGCUCGCAUCAACUCCCCUCAGGUGCUGUUUGGGAGUAUCUCCCACUGAUUCACUGCCUCCAUUUAGUUGGCUAUCCACAGUUCAUUUCUAUUGCUGAAGGAGAACGAAUCGUCGCAGACAAUUUGGGAUUGCCCUGGAACUCCUUUUCACAGCGGUGUUGUAAUUCUACACAGACAGUCCCAUGGUACCUUUGCUGUAGCAUUCCUUACUGAUGUUCAUGCACUGAAUUCAAUUUCACCUGCCUGCCAGCAGUGAAACAGUAGAACAUCUUUGUAGUGUUGUGCUUAUAGUAAAUGCCUACCAUUCUGGGUAGUCAGUUGUGGAACACAAACAUCGUAGUACUAUGAUAGACAAUCUCAACUGCAAGUUUGAACUUUAAAAUUUGCACUCUAGCAUUGGGCACGAAAACCUUUUCCCUCUCACUAACCUGUUUCUUCUCAUAGUUCUCAAGCCGUACGUGCUUUUUGUGCUCCAAUAUGUCAAAGUCGGAAUACACUUGCACGAAAAGAAUGAAAGUCCUAACUUAAUGUAUGGUGGGAACAAUUUGUAAAGAAAUCUCUACGUAAUGGCGUCCGAGAAUCAGCCAUUGCCUUUGUACUUUGUACACUACAAUACACUUUCUACAUUAUGCUGGUGCCUCGCCAUUGGCUGUAAUCGUAUAGAUGAGGACAGCCCUGCAGAUUCAGCUGCUGACAAGGCUUUUUGUAUUAUUAAAUUUAUUCCUCCAGGCUCUUUUGGGACUGUAGUCUACUUGCUAGACUAGUUGCAGUGUAAAACAUUCCUUUACAUACACCGUUUGAUACUGAUCGAAUAUGAACAUGCUGCACUAUCCAGACACUCGUUCUGUUCUCUUUAUAUACGACAUUUUCUACAUUGCAGUGCACACAUUAAGAUCAGUUUCAUAUGUGUGGAAAGUAGGCCUUGGUUGGUUGGUAACGGGUGCCUAAAAAUUUGUCGCGUAAAGCUGUGCAUUUUUCAUGGCUUGCACCUGUCACCAGGCAGCAUAGGUUAAUGUACAGUAAACUCUCAAUAAUUCAAACUUAAAUUAUUCAAAAUUCAUGUGAUUAAAAAAAAAAGUGGCCUCACUUUGCCAUGUUUUUAGUGAAGGUACUUACAUCGUCGUCACGUCCUGAAGCCCCAACGUUCCUCUAAAUGUUCCUAUCAAUAGAGAACAGCACAGAACUGUAAAAUGUGCGUGUACUUGCAUAGCAUGAAAUCUGCUUUAAAGACUUGUUUUGUUGCUGCUUCGCACGAAAUAAUCAGGCCGACAAAAAAAAAAAGACUCCAAGCCAACUUUCACUGGAGGUACUUGCACCUCUCUCGAAGGUCCUUUUUGGGUGCUCUGUGUUAGAAACAAUUAGAAUGCAUUAACUUUCACAAACUGCCUGCUUGUUAGGUAUGGUCAUUCUAUCAUGUUUGUCUCACAACACACUUUUUAUGAUAUGAUCAUUCUGUCAUGUUUGUCUCACAACACUGGUGUAGCAGCUGAACCCUGUGGUUGGCUGGACAGCCCAAAUCACCAGCUGAUAUUUUCCCCUUGAAAAGAGCCGAGCUGUAGUGCAGUCGAACAGCAGCCAGAAAUUUGCUUUGGGACAUCAAAACCCUUAAUUUAACUGCAUGUCUUUGCUAUGUGAAGGCUGUGUGUUUGUAAUUGUUGCUUAAAGGGGAGGGAAGCUGAAGAACUUCUCAGAACUGAGCAAUGUUCAAGGAAGUUCUUGGUCUGUCAGUUUGCAAGAUGCACAUUGUGUAUGCCUAUGCGGAACGAAAUGUGUUCAUAGACUUCUAAAACAAAAACAAAGAUUUAAUUAGAAUAUGUACCUGCUGUGCUUGGUAGUUCUGUGAUGUCAACACCAGCAUCCACCUUACGUGGGUCAGUAAAGCCUAUAGUUUGUCCCAACAUAGAAUUGUGAUUCACAAUCUUGGUGCUGCCCUUCACAUGGGUAUUAUUAGGAAGCACUUUGCAGUGGGAGUGCGUGGUUAAACCAAGAAACCACAUCUAAUUUUAUUAUGCACUAUCUUUAUGCUUGGAGAAACAGUAUUUUUUUCAGGGUGUAAGGUAGGCUAGGUUAGGUUUUCCUUUAAUUAAGCAAUGUGAAUUGGUGAAUGUGGAACAGUUUCUAGACAAAGUUUUCAUUACAUUCAGGAGCAGAAAUGCCAGUGCUACAUGUGACAUAUAACUUGCCUUAAUCAGUUUUCAUAGUAUUGGCAGAGCACACUAUACUCACAUUGGUGAACGGGGUUCUUAAAAAAGGAAUUGCCAUUGCAGUCAUUCUUUGGGACGGGCUGUGCAUCUUCUUAGUCAGUCAACAGUAUUGAAUGAUCCUGGUCAGAUGCAUGUGCUUGUUACUUGUAUACAAUUAUGUCAAUGUGAGGAAAUAUCAAAAUGCACAGGGAUGAUGAAAGCAUGUGAUACCGGUCCCUUCCAAUAAAUGUUUUUUUCUUUAA